UCACUUUCCAGCUACACGGGUGACGGAACGCGGGUUUGGGUGGGGCGUUUGUCAUGAACUUUCUGCUCGUCAACCUCCUUUCACAAAUUCAGAAAAGUUUCAUUCCAUCUUCGAAGGAGAAGCUUGCAGUCGCAUUGAAAGUAAGCGCAGGAUUGCGUCCAAUUGAGUUCAAGCUCACAACGUUGCCCUUCCGCACCUGACAGAAUGGCCGCCGCAGAGAAUGGCACAGCAACUGCCGCCACCUCAUCAGAAAACAACCACUCUCCCCGCUCUAUCCUGGCAGCAGUGGACCCGUCCGAAGAAUCUUCGUACGCUUUCAACUGGUAUCUGGACAACAUCGCACGUCCGGAAGACAAAGUAACCACACUGUCUGUAGAGGAGGUUUCGGACUUCAGCUUCUUCCUGAAACCAGAGGACAUCGAUGAGUUGGAGAACCAGAGGCGGGAGGAAGUCCAGAAGCUGCUGGCAAAUUUUUCUGAGAAGGCAAAGGAAAAGGGGGUGACCACUGUUUCCGAGACGGCUGCAGGCGAUGCCCGGCAGAUCAUCAUUGAGAAGGCCGAAAAGGAUGGCUACGAACUGCUUGUCAUGGGUUCCAGGGGACUGGGGGCCAUCAAGAGGACGUUCCUGGGCAGUGUGUCCGACUACUGCCUUCACCAGGCGUCGUGCCCCACUCUAGUUGUCCGCAAGAAAGCACUUGACGGCGUCCCAAAGCAGGCGGACGGCCCCCGCAAGGUCGCCGUAGCGGUCGACGAUUCCGAAGGAUCGGCGUACUCGUUCGACUGGGCUUUGAAGAACGUCGCGCGGCCGGGGGAUCUGGUGCUGGCAAUCCACAUCCGCUCGCCCGCGUAUCUGCGCUACCCCGUGGCAGAGAUGGGCAUGGGCGAGUACUACAUGCCGCCUGACGUCAUCGCUGACAUGGAGAAGUCGUCAGCAGAGCAGGCCGAGCAGCUCGUCCGCAAGUUUGUCAAGCGGGCCGUGCACGAGUACAAGAUGAAGUGCGAGGGCUAUGUCUUCCGCGGCGAUGCGCGCGAGCUUUUGGUGGAGGAGACGGAGAAGCUGGGAGCCGCGGUGCUGGUCAUGGGCAGCCGGGGACUGGGCGCCAUCUCCAGGACCAUCCUCGGGAGCGUGAGCGACUACUGCGCUCAUCACUGCCCGUGCCCGGUGCUCGUUGUCAAGCAACCCAAGACUGACGUCAGCGCGACGCUGAAGAAGGAAGAGGAGGGGGCUAAGAAGGAAGAGGAAGAGAAGAAGCAAGAAUGAUCACAGGGCUUCAUGGAUCGAGCGGGGCUCAAUAUAUCUCUUCUCGAUCUUGAUUGGGCCUAGGGAAACAAGAUAUUAACGGUGCUUGAGCGGGCAAUACUUGGUCUUGGCAAGAGGUCAGUUUCGAGCUCCUACUGUUCGAAGAGAAGAAGAAAAAGUGUUCACGGGGGUCUCAGGGAUCGAGAGGAGCCCAGUCGUCACCUGUUCUACGAAAAGGAACAAGAAGCUGCUAUUACUUGUACUAGCUUGGCCAAACUCUGUCUUAGGCAAGUUUCAUUUUCGACUUCUUACUGCUUUCGUAAUUACAUAGAAGGUCUAGGCAGAGGUCAGUCAAGCUGGAGAAAAUAAUUUGACGUGGCGUUAAAUGCAUCCGGAGGAAGUACUUGCCCCGAGAGUGAGUCGAAUACCUAUACUUAGUCAAGUAGAGGUUGCAUAGUAAACAACGUUAUCGGCGUCAUCAGUCCGUCGGGCAAUGAAGACUGGACAUCAGAAUCGGUUUGGAAGCAUUCGGGCGAAGGUGGUGUGUCUCCGAGUCGGUGCCCAAGUAGUUGUAACAGACAUGUGUUAGCUAUAAAGGACCUUAUCUUACUGUAGAAUACUCCAUAAAACGACAGUCACAAAACUUGGCCAUUGAAAAGCCAGCCGGCCGGGCUGUAGCGUCAUUGUGAGCAAGCAAUGAUGUAUGAUGCCUGACACAACAUACUCCAGGUUCAAAGCAUAGCUAGAUGCACCGGGCGUCCGACCAGUGGCAAAAGCUCGAUCCAAGCGCCGUGGCGGACAAGGAUAGAAACAGAGGGAGCCGGGCGCCGUGGGCGCAUGUGUAUAAGAUUUGAUGGCAAACAUUCAAAUUUUGAAAGGAUAAGGUGAC